AUGGGAGGCUGCGUUUGGGUCCGAGAGAACAAGUCCGAGGCGCCAGCCGACGAGUUGGAGGCCGCGCUCGGGUCCAAGAGAAGGCAGCCCUUGGGUCCUAGAGAACGAGUCCGAAGCGUCAGCCGGCUCGACAUCACACCGGCCAUGUAUUUGGGCAUUGACGACGUCGUGGGUCGUGAUGCACAGUCGAGUGGAGGGCCGUAG